AUGGAUUACUUUCAUGGAUCGAUAGAUAUGAAAGAAUGCAAACUAAUGCUUCAAGAGAAUGGCGAUUUCCUUUUGCGGAAUAAGCUGAAUGUGCAAUGUAACAAUAUAAGCGACAACAUCAUCUGCGUACUGUGUGUCGGAUGCGGUUUUCCGGGGGAUAUCAAAGUGAAGAGUAUUGGAAUAAUGCAGGAAGGAGAGCAUUUCACUUUACAAGGUGCUUCCGAUCAGUUUCCGAGUGUGAAAGCUCUCAUUGAUUCUCAUAUUGAAUCGAAAAAACCAGUUGCGGAGAGCACCAUCCUUGUACGAGCAAUCGUGCGAGAGAAAUGGGAAUUGCUUUGUGGCGACAUUGCUCUGACCGAUGUCGAGCUCGGAAAAGGAUCAUUCGGCACCGUUAUCAAAGGCGUCCUCAAAAAAGUCGAUCCGCCAGUGAAUGUUGCGGUAAAGAUAAUGCAAGACGGCAUUAGUGAGACAGUGUUCAACGACACGCUGAACGAGGCGAGAGUUAUGAGGCAACUUGAUCACGCGAAUAUCAUCCGCCUGCACGGUGUGGUUAUCGAAAAAGAGCCGCUCAUGAUUGUGAUUGAACUUGUCGAUGGAAAAUCAUUGUCGAGCAAGUUGAAAUCGAAGGGAAUCGCGGCGGGAUUCAAAAUAUCGUUCGUCUGCGCGCUGGCUUACGCGGUUCAUUAUCUGCACGAGAAACAUUUCAUUCAUCGCGACAUUGCUGCCAGAAAUGUGCUCGUUUCGAAUGAUUUCAAAGAUGUGAAAUUGAUUGAUUUCGGAUUAUCCAAAGCUGGAACCAGCUAUUGCAUUCAAACUCCUCAAAAAAUCCCAACCAAAUGGCUUUCACCAGAAGUUAUUCAAAGUGGAAAAUUCUCGCAAAAGUCGGAUGUAUGGUCAUUCGCAGUUACCGUUUGGGAAAUUUAUAACGAAGGCGCUGAACCUUAUCCGAACAAGAAGAAUGCUGAUGUGAAGGCGAUGCUGUUUGAGAAGAAGACUGCGAUGGCUGGAAUGUUGGAUUUGAAGACGUGCAGUAGCGAUGAGAAGCCGCCACCGGCAUUGAAUACUGUAAUUCAUGCCGCUUUUGAUUUUGAUCCAACCCAUCGAGCUUCAAUGGAACAGAUUGUGACUGCCAUUGAUAAUGAAAUACUACCGAAACUUCAAGGAGCAGAGUUGGAAAACUGCAAACAUCACCAGAAUAGACGGACUCACAUGAGAAAAAGUGUCAUCGAGCCCACAACAACUAUAAAUGUGGGUAGUAAGAUGUCUCAAGAGGCCACUCGUGUUUCGAACAUGGCCAUGGCCACAGCUCCACCGGCUCAUCACUCUCCAGGACCUCAUGCGGCAGCUGCCACCGCCGCUGCGAUAGCCCGUACGAAGACUCAGACAAGAAAAGGGUAUCGCGUGCGAAUCUGGAAACGUUCGAGUCUCGUGUUUCAGAAAAAAGAAGCAACAACCCAACAGUAA